AUGGCAGCAGGAGAACGCUCACAGAACAACCGAACGUGUCUGGCUUCUAGCCGAGUACUCCAUGUAACAAGUCAAUCAAGUUUUUUUGCAGUAGAGGUCAGCCAAUUUACGAAGUAUCAAGUACCUUGCUGGAGUAUUCCUUUUCCGGUUCAUUUACAUACAAAUAGAGCUACCCAAGGCUGUUAUAGGGUUGGAUCAAUGGCUGAGUCUUUUCUAUGGACAUUUUCUCGGUGUUUUGUGUUUAUCACUUUGUUCAUCAAAUGCGUCGACAAUUUUGCCCAAGCUGGGCAAUAUCUGGUGAAAAAUCCACAAGAAUCUAUAGAGAAAUUCGAAGUUGUUACACCAGUCCAGCUUUCACCCGGCUUGCGUCGUAGGCGAUCCGUUACUACGAAAACCCAGAACGGACGUCACUUAGAGCGCGUGUCGUUUUCUGUUUUCGCAUUAGGAAGGGAAUUUAUACUGGAUUUAACUCUUAACAGAGUUGUCAUCCCUUUGAACUCCAAAUCAACUUCUUUCAGUGCAAAUGGGUCAAUGAUAGUGGAGCCAUAUCAGGCCGAAGAACACUGCUAUUACCAUGGUGUAGUUAGGGGUUCUGCUGGAUCGUCAGUUGCAGUUAGUACAUGUCAAGGGUUAGAAGGUCUAGUAUUUGAUGGAAAGGAGAGCUUUUACAUUGAGCCAGCAAACGACCAACUCUCUAGCAUGUCUACUAAAAAAUUACAAGAGGAUCAGCACAUGUUUUAUAGAAUGAGUGAUUUGAAAACAAGACCAGUGAAGUGUGGUAAUGAUGAUAUUAAGCCACAGCACAUGUUAGAUGAUUUGCACAAAAUGAAAAUGAAAUCUCGGACUCGCAGAAGUCUUUCUUCUGAGACCAAAUAUGUUGAAUUAGUUAUUGUUAAUGAUUUCUCACAGUACGACUUUUUUAAGAGGGACAUAAAAUCUACACAAUCCAGAGCUAGGCAAAUAGCCAACCUAGUUGACUCGUUGUACCGACCAUUGAAUAUACGUGUCGCCUUAGUACACUUGGUAACGUGGAAUGGCGGGGAUGCAAUUUCUGUUGUAGAAAACUCCGAAACAACACUCGACAAUUUUAUGAAGUGGAGAAAUGAGGAUCUUACUAAGAAAAUGAAAAUUAAUAAUGACAAUGCACAUCUAUUAACGCAGUCUAAAUUCGAGGGUGCUACUGUCGGUAAGGCGCACGUGCUUGCCAUGUGCACGUCGCGCUCUGUGGGUGUGGUGCAGGAUCAUUCUUCAAAUGCUGCCGCCACCGCCGCUACAUUCGCACAUGAGAUGGGCCAUAACCUGGGAAUGAGUCAUGACGAAUCAGUUGAGGGCUGUACGUGCGAAGACAAGGAUGUCAACAAAGGCUGCAUAAUGUCAGGGGUGGCAAGGAGCAUCCCGGCUACAAAAUGGUCCAAAUGUAGCGAGGACUCAUUUAAGGAGUUCAUGGAAAGAGGGCUUGACCCUUGCUUAUUCAACCAACCGCUGAUGUUGUUCGGUGACGCAAUUUGCGGCAACGGCUUCAAGGAAGAAGGAGAAGAGUGUGAUUGUGGAACAGCUGAGGAGUGCAAGCGUUAUAGCGACGACUGCUGUAACAGCACCACGUGUAAGCUCACCGCGGGCUCAGAAUGCAUGGAUGGCCCUUGCUGCUUCAAGUGCAAGCUGAGCCCUGCAGGUAAGGAGUGUAGAGAGAAGGUCUCGGAGUGUGAUCUACCCGAGGUGUGUGAUGGCAAAUCGGAGCUGUGUCCCGCUAACAGAUACGUGUAUAACGGGAAGAGCUGUGGCGAUGGCAAGGGUUUUUGCUUCAAUGGAGUGUGCCCGACUCUUGACAAUCAGUGUGAAACAUUGUGGGGCUUGGGGGUGACGUCGGGGCCAGAGGUUUGUUAUACCAUCAAUAUGAAGGGGACUUAUAGCGGAAGCUGCGCUAAACUUCAGAACGGGUCAUUCGUGGGCUGCAAAUACGAGGAUAUUUAUUGUGGGAUGCUGCACUGUACUGACGUGAAAAAGCAUCUGCCUCUAAUUGGCACGGAGCGCGAGGUCUACACAUACACGUGGCCCAUGGCCGACGGCAGCUCGGUCAAGUGCAAGAGCGCCAUCAUUGACGUCGGUACGGGUAUCUGGAAUGACGGUGGAAUGGUGCGGUCUGGUGUCAGGUGUGGCGAAGACAAGGUGUGCCAUCAACAAAAGUGCAUCAAUGUCACUGAUCUUCUCAAGACGAAUCCGCCCUGCCCGAGAGAUUGCUCCUCUUAUGGCGUGUGUAACAAUGUCGGCGAAUGCUUCAAGUAUAAAGGUGCCUCAACUGGACAAAGUUCUGCAGGCAGCAAGGCAGGCACCGUGGUUCUGGUCCUGUUCAUUCUCGCUCUUGUCGGUCUGGCCAUCUUUGCGUACUUCAAGCGAGAUCUGAUCAAAAGCAAAUGGAACAAGUACCAGCAGAAGCGCCAGCAGAGAUAUCAAAGUGUUCAAAGAGACGGCGCAAGACAGCCCUCAUCCACACAGCCUGCAGGACAGAAACGACAGAUAUCUGCUCCAAUGGCUUCUGGUGGCGCCCAGGCCUCCAAAGCGCCUAUGCGUCCCGCGCCAGGGAAGAUUGAGUUGCCUGACUGGCCUCGGACGGACGAAGACACCCCUCCCCCUUACUCUGAUGUGGCGAUGGUACCCCCCGUGACGCGAAGACCCCCUCCACCUCGACCCAUGGCCCCUAAGGAUGCCAGCCUCCACAGGGCCUCCAGCCCUCCGGGGUUCACUCACAAAGGAAGCGAACCACCGCCCAAACCUGCCCCGCCAGCUCGGCCAGGCAGUGUCGCAAAUGUUUUAGGAGAAAGAAAGCCUUUACCAGGAAGACGGCCGGGGGUGGAAUGGCCUCCUUUAGCCAAGUCUUCGUCUGAUGGUGCUGCUAUCGAUAAGAAAGCCCUGGGUGCACCGCCGCCCCCUCCACCGCCCACGAAACCAGCAACGCCCAGGGUGCCGCCUAAUAUCCCAAGCCGGCCACCAGGGGCAAGACCGACCCCUCCCCCGCCCCCUCCGGGCAAGCCCACCAAACCUACCAAGCCCUCUUUACCACCGGUGCCUCCCGGAAUUGGGAAAGCAAAUUAAGAAAUUGUAUGAUCACUUAGCAUUGCUAGCAGCAGGACUUCUACCUAUCUUAUUUCGGUCAGCUGUUAGUUCCGGUCAUUUUAGCGGGGUUAGGAACAGCUUGUACCUAUCUUAUUUCGGUCAGCUGCUAGUUCCGGUCAUUUUAGCGGGGUUGGCAACAGCUCGUACCUAUCUUAUUUCGGUCAGCUGCUAGUUCCGGUCAUUUUAGCGGGGUUAGCAACAGCUUGUACCUAUCUUAUUUCGGUCAGCUGCUAGUUCCGGUCAUUUUAGCGGGGUUAGGAACAGCUUGUACCUAUCUUAUUUCGGUCAGCUGCUAGUUCCGUUCAUUUUAGCGGGGUUAGGAACAGCUUGUACCUAUCUUAUUUCGGUCAGCUGCUAGUUCCGGUCAUUUUAGCGGGGUUAGCAACAGCUUGUACCUAUCUUAUUUCGGUCAGCUGCUAGUUCCGGUCAUUUUAGCGGGGUUAGGAACAGCUUGUACCUAUCUUAUUUCGGUCAGCUACUAGUUCCGGUCAUUUUAGCGGGGUUAGCAACAGCUUGUAUCUAUCUUAUUUCGGUCAGCUGCUAGUUCCGGUCAUUUUAGCGGGUUUAGCAGCAAAUUUGCAUCUAUGUGACUGCCGUCUGCUGCUAGUUCCGGUCGCUUUAAUGGGGUAAGCAGCAGAUAUGUUUCUGUCUGAUUGACGUCGUCUGCUGCUAAUACGAUCGCUUAAAUGGGGUUAGCAGCAGAUAUGUUCCUAUCUAAGUUACGUCUGCUGCUAGUUCCGUUUAUUUUAAUGGGUUAGCAAAAAGUGGUUCAAUAUUAUUUGCAAAUAGUCGCAUUCGUCGUCCAUUCGCAUUAUGUUAAGUUACAGCUAUAGCGACGACAGGAACGAUUAUCCAAGAUCAUGUUUGUGCGCAAAUAAUAUUCAAGUUCAAUAGUUUUUCCUUUAAUUCAAUAUUUCUUUAUUUCAAACUUUUUUUGAUUAGAUGUUCUUACACCCUUCAUGCGACAAGCGCAUUCAGUAUUCUCGAACCGUUUAAAACUUGCAACUACGUACACCUACGGGAGAUUAUUAUGGUCUUGUUUACAGCAGAGCCUCGAUAUUUCGAACUGACGCAUUCUUAAGUGGGUUGCGAAGUAUUUUUGUAAGUAACUGGACAUUUCUCAGAAAGUCUUAAAUUAAUUUUGGAUUUUCGUCCCAUUUUCUACUUUUUAAUGAUUUUCUUAGGCGCUUAAUUUUUUUAUGAGGUGAAUGUUGUAGUUUAUGCUAGUUGAGCUAAGAUAGCGUUCUGUGAAUAUAUGCGCGCUGAGGGAAAUACGCUAAGGUCAUUGCUAUUUUUGAUAAAAUCCUUUUUUUUUAAUAUGGCAUACUUGGAACAAGACAGAUCCAUGCAUACAAAAAUGUGAAACAAAUAAUAUCAUAGAUGUAAUUAUUAUAAAUAUUUUUAGCUUUCAUAAUUUGUACUCAAGGGUGCAUAAGUAAGCAUUUAAAGCCGUAUUGUCGCCAGUUUACUUCCGGAGGUCCGACGGAAACCUCAACCGUUAAAAGACAAAAGAACUAUUAGAAUCCGAGAUAUUUAACAGGCGAUCCGCUUUAAAUUAUCGAUCACAUCCUCAAAGAAACUUCCAAUAGACUUUCAAUAUUUUGAAUUUUUUUCGCGUUUUCCGUUAGAUUGUUACGUAAUCGACCAAAAGUAAACUGGUGACAAUGCGGCUUUAAAUGUUUAACGUGGAAAUAUUUUGUAGUGUACUCGCGAAUUAACCCACCCUUCGCAUGAAGAUGUAAAAGUUUGAUUUUUCCUGGAAACAUAAGAUAAAAACGCUUGCUAGAA